UCAAUCCCGAUGCCGCCGCUCAAGCCGCAUCGCCUCUGACCACGCAACUAUUUUUCAUUUCUUCAAGUUUUAGCCGAGGAUGCAACUUUUGGGAUAUAGACUUGGAAUAUUUCAGGUAUUCAUGAGGACAAACUUGGGAGAAGGAAAAUCAACAUAGAGUAAUUUGCGCGUUUUGAGAUGGCGACAAGCGAGUUUCCACAAAACGGGCAGAGGAAGUAUUUGGCGAACCCCCGCAACCAUGGUGCGUGGAGCCCCGCUCAACCCGAAAACAUCAACAACAACAACGAUGGCGGGGCUGGCCGGUCUUCGUCUGCCACGUCGCGGCGCGAUCCAAGGGUCCAUCCCGUAAACGAUCAGGGGCAGUUAGUAGAUCCGGAAAGGCAGGGCGAGGAGAGAGGAACAAGAACCCGCAAUGGAAAUGGAAAGUGGUUUUGCUGCGUGUGCGGUAUCGUGAUCACUAUCUUGAUCGUCAUCAGCAUCGUCGUCGUCGUUGUAGUCUUGUGGGCAGUGACAGGUUUCCAGUUUGGCUCGUCAGCAGCACCCGUCACCGCACCUACAACAGUGGUAGCAACAGCAACAACGACUGCCAUCCCUGCGACGUUUGAUACAAUAAUGGCAACCAAUGAAGACGUGACUGCAGAAAUAGUGACAUUUGACAUGACGACCAUGGACUCAAUGGUGAGUCAGACAGGUGAGACCAACACGUGGGCGACGACGGGUGAGACCAACACGUGGGCGACGACGGGUGAGACCAACACGUGGGCAACGACGGAUGAGACCAACACGUGGGCGACGACGGAUGAGGCUACGUCAACAAUCAAUUAAACUAAAUAUUUCAAAUCCUGGAAAAAAAUAUGAUGCAUUCCAUUGGAUAAAGAAGAUUUUAAUUCAUGAUUAUCCGCGGGUGUAUUUUUAAACUCAUAUUGAUUACCUCUGCGUAAGGCCGUUUACGUACUGCUACUAGUGGUUCUGGUCGUUGCUCCUUUAUUCCCGGAUCUCAAAGGGUUCGAAUGGGGGAACGUAUAUAGUGGAAGGGGAGGGGAUAAUGGGCAUAGCCUUCAUAGCUGUAUUCAACACGCCAUCGAUGUUUAAAAAUUGAAGAGAAAAUAAUAUUCUACAUUCCGUCUUAGCAUAAAAAUGUUUUAAAAAAAUGUUUCUUACAAUAGUGUGAUAACGUUAUUUGAGAAGGUAUGGAGCAAAAUUUAAGAAACAAAAGAAGAAGAAGAAGAAAAAAGAAAAGAAAGAAGAA